AGUUGCUACAUUCAAAUAUAAAUACCGUAUCGCAGCUCCUCCCUCCGUUCAACUUCUAACCCACUAAGCUAUUGUUUACUAUUGAAAAGAAAGUAGAAAAGAGAGUGCACUGAAAACGAUGGACGUCCCUAUCGUCGACCUAAGUAACCCCAACGAAGAUCUCGUGGCACGUGCGGUCGUGAAAGCGAGCGAAGAAUGGGGAAUUUUCCAGGUGGUUAACCACGGGAUCCCGCCGGAGCUGAUGCGGCGGUUGAAAGAAGUUGGGACAGAGUUCUUCGAGCUUCCCGAGACGGAGAAGGAAGCCGUCGCGAAGCCAGAAGACUCCAUGGACGUAGAAGGAUACAGAACCAAGUACCAGAAAGAUCUAGAAGGUAGAAACGCAUGGGUCGAUCAUCUCUUUCACCGCAUUUGGCCCCCGUCCAGAGUCAGUUACAGAUUCUGGCCUAAGCUUCCUAUGGAUUACAGGGAGGUGCAUGAGGAUUACGCAAAACACCUUAAGAAACUAUCGGAGAAAAUCAUGGAAUGGCUAUCAGAGGGGUUAGGUUUACGACGUGAGGCAUUGAUAGAAGGUUUAGGCGGCGAAACGGUGGAAUAUUUAAUGAAGAUCAAUUACUAUCCGCCGUGUCAUGAUCAAGAUUUGGUCAUAGGAGCUCCUGAUCACACUGAUGUCAAUGGUAUCACAUUCCUAGUUGCUAAUGAAGCGUUAGGGCUUCAGGCGUUCAAAGAUAAUCACUGGAUCGACGUCAAAUAUACCACUUCCGGAAUCAUCGUCAUCGUUGGCGACCAAUUCCAUAGGAUGAGUAAUGGGAAGUAUAUGAGUGCAAAGCAUCGAGCGACGAUGGAUAAAGAGAAGACGAGAAUAUCAUGGCCGGUUUUUGUGGAAUCUAGCCUUGAUCACGAGUUUGCACCUUUGCGGGAGCUGAUAACUGGCGAAGAUAAUGCUCCUAAGUUCAAGCCUUAUGUCUACAAAGACUUCAAAUUUCGUAAGCUUAAGAAGCUUCCUCUCGACUGAAAAACAGAGGCGUGAUCAUCCGUUGUUUCGUUAUCGGAUUAUUAUUCAUAAAGCUUGCAUUCUUAAAUUAUUAACGUUAAAGUUUAAGUGAAUCGUCAAUGUGGUGUCUCGCGUCCUUAUAUCCUUUAAUAAUUAUAUGUUAAAAUUUCGGUUGAUUUCAAAUUUGAUGUAUUGCGUGUGGGUGUUUACAUA